GUUGGCAGCACGGAUCAGUUUUUUUUUUUGGCCAUUCAAAAGUGUGUGGUUUGUACGGGUAAAAAGUGAUUUAAAUUCAAAAUAUUCAGCGAAACGACCGCCUCCAAUAGAAGGAAUUGUACCCUAUGCUUACCGGCCGUCCAACGAGAAUGUCCGUUGCAGUAAACCAAAAAGGCUGGGGCAAGAAGGCAGGAGCUUCCGUAUCCGACUCCGCAAUUUGUACACAGUCCGCUCUCAGCGAGGGGAGUGGGUCCAUUGACGUCCUGCCGAUGGAGCACGACGAGGAAAUCAAUCGCGAAGUCCUCAACCCCGACGACGACGAAGAGAUGGAGGAGGAUGAGGAGCACGUCGACGAAGAGGAUGAUGACGAGGAGCCGGAUAGCAACGAGAACAGCGCACCGGAGGAGCAAGUUGAGCCGCCGGCCUUCAGCCUAGCGACGCUGGGACUCCAACGCGUGGGCAGCGCACCGCCGCCCAAGCCCAAAGUCCAGAAGGUCCCCAUCCCGACCCUAAACGCCCGUGGAAUGCCUGCUCGGAUACGAAAAAAAAAUCGUCUCUUCUACGACGAGAACAUCAUCAACGAUGACAAGCCGCUGCGCAUGAGCUUGGCACCCAAGAAAACGCCCGGCAGACCGCCGCAGUCUGCCGGCGGUGGCUCUAGCCAAAAGAUCCCGCUCACCCCAUCGAAGGUGCUGAAGAAGCGCAAGGGAGUGGUCUCCCGCUACAUGCGUUCCAGUGAGCAGGGACCCAACUCCGUUUCGGCCAGCAAUCAGCCCCAGCAGUUGGGCAAGCACAAGAAGGCGACGCCAUCGAAGAGCCAGGUGGGCAGCAAGCUGGGCUCAGGAGGACCGAAAACAGGGCGGGGAGCCCAUUUCAUUGGAAAGGGUAGUGCUGCAGCGGUGGCUGCAGUAGCGGCCGCCGAGGAGGAAGCUAACCAGGCAGAGGCUGCAGCGUUGGCGAACAAGCGGUUGGGCCAGUCCAUUGGCCUUCGGCUGCGCAAUCUGCUCAAGUUGCCCAAAGCGCAUAAGUGGGCCAUAGCCGAGUGGUUCUACUCGUACGUUGACAAGCCGCUAUUCGAAUGCCGUGAUGAGUUCAUGAACCAUGUGAAUGAGCUGGCACCCAGGCUGGGCACACGGAGCCUCAUUCGCCACGAGUGGGUGAAUAUUAGGCGGAGGAUGGGCAGGCCGCGGCGCUGCUCCGCAAAAUUUUUCAGCGAGGAGCGCAAGGAGUUGGAGCGAAAGCGCCAGUUGAUCCGGACUCUGCAAUCGCGGAAGCCAGGCGAGUUCAAGGACUCCGUGUCCGUGCUAUCGGACAUGCCUGAGAAAAUACCGAUGACACUGCCGCUCGGCACCAAGGUCACUGCCAGAUUAAGAUCUCCCCAGGACGGGAUCUUUGCGGGCACAGUGGCCGCCUACGACUCACUAAACGCCAUGUACCGAGUGACCUUCGAACGAAUCGGCUUGGGCACACACGCCAUCCCAGACUACGAGAUUGUGUCGGAGAACUUUCACGAGAUGCUGCCGCUGCACAGCUUCACCAAGGACUUCCGGCCGAACUUGAUGAGCAUCUAUCAAACAAAUAACCUCGGCUUCACCACCAAUCUGGGCUUCACGGCCCAUCUUACCAACAACUAUCUGCAAAAGAGGGAAAAGGUAGUCGGCGGAGCUGGAGCGGGAUCAUACUACUUCAAACCGGAGAAGCACCUGGCCACCAAUAAUGCGGCUGCGCGAAAUGCGCUCAGCAUGAAGCUGAACAAGAGUGAUCCCCUGCUGGGACAGGAUUCGGUGGGCGUGAGUCCCAUUCGGCAGCAGUUGGCGCGACAUCGCGGCUACUCCACCUCGCUGUUGGAGCAUCUGGUGCGCCUGGAGAAGUACAUUGCAGUUAAGGCGGAUCGAAUCCAGCGGCUCAACAAGAUGAACGCCACCGCCGAGCUGGCCAUGGGCGAUAUGAUAAGCCAUGACGAGAAUGGGGAUCGCCAUCGCCGACAGAUUGCAGACAACUUCCAGCGGCAGUAUGCCUUCAACAUCGUGACCAUCGAGCGCAUCAACGCCGAGCUCAUGUUCGAGCUCACCAAGGUGCAGGAGCUGUCCUCCAGCCUGACACGCAAUCGCAAUGUCCAGGCCAUGAUCUCGCCGACAUAUUUGCGCGAGGAGUGCCGCGCCAAGGCGUCCAAGACGGUCGACGAGCUCAACAAGGGCAUGGUGAAGAAUACGCGGAUGAUAAAGCUGCUAAAGAACCUGACCACGCUGCUGAUCGUGACCCAGAAUCUCGGCGGCGACUGCGAAGUGAAAGAGGUUAACGAGGUGCUCGAAGGCUGCCUCGAGGAAGUGCGCAGCAAUCUAAUCUGCAGCGAACACCGCGAGGUGUUCCAGAUGAGUGUCCAGGGACGGCUGGAGUUCAUAGCCAUGGACAUCAGCAGACGCUUGGAGGAGAAGAGCUUGAGUCGCGUGGCGGAUGGCGAUGAAGAUAUGAAAUCGCUGAAAUCCGAGGACGAGAUCGAUGAGAACCAUGUGCAGGAUCACAAGCAAGGGGCAGAUGAGGAGCCCGCCGCAGAUACCUCCAAGAUAAAAGCGAAAGGCAGUCCAAAGCAGGAAGCAGGGAAGGAGGACAGCGAAGAUGACAAGAAGGACUACAGUAGCCAGCCAAUGGACACGGACACAGAGAAGGAAGAGAAACUGGAAUCUGGCGGGUCGGAAAAUGCAGGGUAUGCGAGCCAGCAAGGACAAGACGAGGAUCAGAACACACAGGAGCAGCACCUGGACCCGGAGAAGCAGCAUCUGGACCCGGAGGAGCAGCAUCUGGACCCGGAGGAGCAGCAGCUGGACUUGGAGGAGCAGCACCUGGACCUGGAGGAGCAGCACCUGGACACGGAGGAGCAGUCACUCAAUCCGGCUGUGACCGAGGACACGCAGAUCACCAUUGAGUCGAUGAAGGAAUCUGAUGAGGAGUUUCAAUCGGCCGCCGAGACCGAGGAGGACGACAUGGUCGGCCUGAUCAUGGAAGGAGAGGAGGAAGAGGAGUUUGUGUACGAUAAGGAGCUGUAGAGGACCGAUGGCCAAUACCCGCAUCUUUAGUCUCUUUUCUACGCCGGCCUUCUGGACUUUAGGUUUAGGUAAAGUUUUCGUGAAAAGUUUUGAAUAUAGUUUUGAAAUAGGAAAUGUAACGAAAUAAUCCGCACAUUUUUCGGAUUCAAUUUUUUUUUUUUUUAAUACCAGAGCUUUGUGGGAAAUUCUAUUUAAAAUUUCACAGAAAGCAUUGGUACUAUUACCCUUUUUUAAAUAUUGCAUUGACUGUGUAAGAAAGUUGAAUAACAAGUUUGUAGCAAGUCUUCAAUAAACAGGAAAAAAAACAUUUUUUUUUACAAA